GCUACUAGGAAGACAGUUAACUCUACCCCAGCUGAAACCAGGACAAUGUGGCAUGUUCCUCUGAUUCGUCCAUUCUCCACCUUGCACAGCAACACAUUUAAAAUACUGAAGUGUGCUCUUUUUAUUGCUGUUAAUGUUCAAAAAUCUUGCUUUGGUCUGGUCAGCAAGUACAAGGACACAUUUAUGAAGGCAAAUCGAGGGUACAAGUGGUGCCCCACGACAAACCGACCUGUAAACACCCAGACCUCCAUCGUUACGAACAGGAAAAAGCUAUGGGCCUUUGCUUCAGACUCUGCAAAAGAUGUACCAAGCCCGAAGAAAGUGACAAAAAGUGACAAAAUGCCACAGCGUAACAUUGGGAUGGCAGAUCUGACACAAAUGGGAGGCCUGAGUAUGCUGCUUUUUGCAGGGGAACAUGCCCUGACUGCACAAGAGAUAAGGAACUCUCUUCUCUCCCUUACAGCGAGACCUCAGUUUCAAGAGAGCUCUGAGGAGGAGUAUUUGACCAGUGGGAAAUGCAAUUUAAGGUACAUACCUCAGGUGGGACUGAAGAGUGAGCCCUGUGAUAGGAGUCUUGUAUCCCAGCCAUGAAUGUAGAGGUUGGGCCCAGUUUUUGUAUCAGUUCAGUAUUACCUCUGCUGAGUGAGUGUGUGAUCAGAGCAGGCAAGUGUGCCCCCUGAGAGGACGUUGUCACAGGUGGAAGGCUUGAAAUGCAGUGACUGUGUUCACACACAGGUGGUUUGCAAACUCUUUUGGGCAAGGAUUUCAUCUGCUUGUGUAAUGCCUCGCACAACUGUGGCCUUGGCACCAACAGCAAAAUAAAUACCUGAUAAUUUGCUCCUAA